CCGCUACCGAGAUCCAUGGCCCCAGAUUCGCCUCGGAGAGCGGUCGUCUUCUCGCGCCAUGCCUUGCCUCUUUCUCCGAUAUCUCUUCGCAAGAACGCAUAAGAGGACCGUACAUCCCUCUGUACCACUCACAUCUCCUCCCCUCCGUCAACUUUCUUGCCUGUCAUCCACGCCGCCGCCUGCUCGGUCUCAGCUCCUGGUCUCAUCUUGCGCAAAUCUUCGCGCUCGCCACUCCUUCGACUACAUCUCCACUCCUCACGUAGAUCCAUCCUUUCCUGCACAUCUUAGAACAGCAUGCGAUUGUCAUCUUCCCUGAGCCUCGCGCUCAGCGUCGCCUUCACGUCAAGCCUUACGCAGUCGGCUCCCACCGAAGACCUCGGCUCGCCUCUCAAUGUCAUCGACCGCGUCUCGUCCUUCUAUCAGAGCAAGGCGUCCAACAAGGGUGCUGAGCAGGUCAAGUUUGUUCAAGAGCCCACUGUACUCGCGGCCGAGAGCUUCAAGGCUGCCCAAGCCGAUGGGCCUGCUCCGAACAGCACUUUGAGCUUCGCUGGAAAGGCGGCUGCCAAAUAUCAGGUGGCCAACACGAUUCCUGGCAUCCCAUUUCAGGUGCCAACCUCAUGGGCAGGCUUGAUGCCCAUCGGUAGCAACGCCAAGCUCGACGUCAACAGCAUCGCUAGCCUCGUUACCGGUCAGACGCCCGCCCUCUCCUUCUGGCUCUGGGGCGCCGACGCUGAUUCUCCGGGCAAGGACGACUUGGUGAUCUGGCUCAACGGCGGACCGGGAUGCUCCAGCUUCAGCGGCUUGCUCGAGGAGAAUGGUCCCAUUCGAUGGACUGACAAGACCAAAGCGCCGUACAAGCCCGACGAUUCAUGGACCAAGCAAGCCAACACUCUCUUCGUAGAGCAGCCGAUUGGAACCGGGUUUUCGACCGGCGUUGCAACCGCAAGAAACGAGGACGAUGUCGCACGCCAGUUCCAUGGAUUUUUCUCCAACUUCCUCAAGGUCUUUCCCGAGCUCAAGCCGAAGCGACUGUGGAUCACGGGCGAGAGCUAUGCUGGCAUGUACGUGCCGUACAUUACCUCCUACUUCCAGAAGCACGGCGUCGAGGUGCUCGGCAACUUCAUCGUCGAUGGUGUCGUGACCGACCGCAACCUGCAAGGCAACGUCGUGUCGCUUGACUACGCCAUUGCCAUGAAGCAGACGCUCAACCUGACGGACGCACAGAUUGCCAAGGUCAAGGCUGCCUCCGACAAGUGCGGCUACACGGGCUACACCGCCAAGAAUCUCAACUACCCGCCCAAGGGAAGGCUCCCCGCAUACAACAAAGAUGGCUGCGACACACAGGACGUCCUGUUUGAGCAAGCAAUGGCCAGCAACUCGUAUUUUAACGUGUACAAGGUAGACUACAAGGGGCCCCCCGGCCCUUUCGACUUGGACCCACUAGGUGAUCCCAAUCAAAACACGCGUCCUCAGACCUGGUUCAGCCGUCGCGACGUUCAGGAUGCUCUGCACUUCCCGCACCGCCGUCCGGACUGGAAGCAGUGCGAUGGACCUGUUUUCCCCUUCGGCGACGGCUCGCCCCCUCCUGACAAGACCGUACUUGCCGGCGUCAUCGAGAAGAACCAGCGCACUAUCAUCGCUAAUGGCCAACUUGACGGUCUGCUCAUCACAAACGGCACGGCGCUUGGUCUUCAGGACCUCACGUGGAAUGGCAAGCAAGGCUUCUCGCAGGCCCCGACCAAGGCCCUCCUCGGUCUUGACGGCAAGAGGCAUGGCACGUACACGAGCGAGCGAGGUUUGCUCUUUGCCAUCGUGGACGACAGCGGGCACAUGAUCCCGGAAGACUCUCCCUCAGCCGGUCUCGCUCUUCUCGAGUACAUGCUGGGACGUCGUGACAUGUGAGAAGGGAGAGAGAGAUUCGAGAGUCGUGCGAGGGGGCUAUGACCGUCUCCUACGGUACUGCCACCUCUUGACGACCCAAGCGACGAGGUGCUAGCGUCAUUCCCACGCGACUGGACCGCCUCGCACCCACGCAAGCAUCAAUCUCAUUGCUCCGGAGAAUGUUCACACUGCCACUGAUGCUCCGCUUUGUUGAACAUUACCUUCCUCUUUGCUCCGUAAUGCUAUGUCUCCGACCCG